GAACAAGCGCUUUGGUGACGUCACGCCGCUUCCUUCAAGUGCAGUCGAACGUGAAGAGCUCCGGUCCGCCGUUAAAGAUUCACGCGCACUCACAAGUCAAGAGUCUGCUACUAACACUCCUCAGAAACAGGUCGGAAAUUAUCAGUUUCCUUUCACAAGAUCGCUGGAUGAUUGAUCUCAAAGUGAAAGCAGAAGGUUCCGGAGCGAUGAUGUCAUAGAGCUGAAGCAGAGGCCGUCAUUGACAAUAUGGAGUCAGCGGAGAGGCUGGUUUCCCCGACCUCCAGUCAGACCUCUAUAAGAGUUUCAGCAAACCCAGAAACCUCACCGACAACAACACACAGCAAGAGCGGUCAUUUGUUCCAAAUGGUUGGCAAUCAGGGUUUGGGAAUUUCUUCAGUUUCCGGUGCCUUUCCCAUGAUCACUCACCCAGUCUUCAGUCUGCACUCCUCUUCUCCUGUCCGCUCUGAAUUCAGAGGUCUGGGAACUCUGGGAUUGUCAGCUGCUCUGGCUGCACACUCUCAGAUCGGAGCUUUACCAGAUUGGUGGCGUUUUGCAGAUGCUCAGGGUCAAGGGUCGGCGGCCUUUUUCCCUCAUCUUCUGGGUCUGCCGGCAUUAUUCAGCGCACCAGCCCUGAACCAAGAGCAAACCCUCCUUCAGUCCCAUGCAGCCAGACGCGCUCUGGUGAAAGCAGGGCUGAAUGGCUCCAUCAAUGGAAAGGCGAAAUCAAGCUCAGCCUCCUCCACACCCUCUCCAGUCCUCAUCCCUCCAGAUCAGACCAAGAGCCUGAAAACCAGCCCAAAACCAGCACUAAACCAGCUAGAGGAGAAAACUAGACACACAACAAAAGAUGAGAAGCCGUGUAGCAAAGUUCCAGACGUCUCCAUCAACAGCGACAGCCAAUCAGCAUCCAGCUCUGACAGCUCGAGCGAUGCUCUUAGCAGCUCUGACUCAGACGACCUGGAGGAUGUUGACGAUGACGACGAUGAUGAUGAUGAUGAUGAUCAGAGUGAUGAUAGUGUGGACUCAGAAAAGUGCAGAAAAGAUCAGAAAGGUAUUCGUAAGGAGGAAAUGCACACAGACAGGAAGAAGAGCCAUCACACUGUAGGGCAGGAUAAGCUGGAUGUCCAGGGUUUGCUUUUGUCCCAGCUGCCAUUGCACAUCCAGUCCUUCAGGCCGACAGAGGAGCCCAGCAAACACGCCAGUGUCAUCCAGACCACAGGUCUAGCAUCCAGCGCAAAACCUCUUGCACUAGUCACGCAGCGGCGCAGGGACAGAGAUGCACCGUCUCCUAAAGACCUGCCCGUCUCCCACUCAUCCUCUCCAAAACCACCUUCCCUCACCCCGUCACCCAAGCCUCUGUCUCUGUCUUCCUCUCCCACACCGCCCUCCUCCAAAUCCACUCCACUGCAGUCAGACCGUCUGAAGACGAGCAAGAAUUACCUCGACGAGACCCUGCUCACCAUUAACAACUUCAGCAAACUCAAACAGUCAUCUCUACCUCAGGCCUUUCCUCCAGCGUUGAGAGGUGCACAGGAAUCACAGAGCAGCCAGAAACUUCCGUUCAGCAGUCCGUUCCUCCCUUCACUUCCCACUGAGAACCACCAUCCCGGUGCGCUGCAGGACGCUCCUCUGGCCCUCAUCACCAAACCUCGCUCCCAGAGCACACACACCCCUGGUAAACCGCUGCUGGCUGCCACCAGCCCCGCGUUUAACACUCCCAUUAACCUCACCACCACGGGCCGCACCUCUAUCUCGCCCGGUCUGACUCCCCGAGCAGGCCGAGGGAAGGCCAGUCAAACCGGGCAGAGGACGCUGAAGACAGAGAGACCGUCAUUGGUGGAGCUCUACAGGGGGGCGGAGUCUGAGCUCCCUGACAGUAAAGACUCUGAGGACUCAUUAAUGGAGGACGAGGAUGAAAAUGACGCUUCAAAUGACAGUCUCUCAGACUCUGACAGCAAUUUAGACACUGAUUCUGAUGAUGGUAAAGAUGACGAGAUGGACACGGAUUCAGAAGUGGACAGAACGCCACUCAAACUCACCAAAUCCUCAGCGUCUAUACUUGACUCCUCCCACAGCACUAGCCCCGCCCCUCUCAAUCUACAGGUUCAUAAAACACCUGCCACAGCCAUUGUGACCAGCUCUGGGAAUUCGGCCAAUCACAGUACAGGUUUGUCGUCUUACAGUGUGGCCACACCCCCAGGGAAAAGGAGAAGAGUCACAGAUGAAUGUGCACUGCGGAAACCUCUAGAAUAUGGAUGGCAGAGGGAGACGCGCAUCACGAACAUGUCUGGGCGUUUGCGCGGAGAGGUGGCGUAUUACGCUCCAUGCGGCAGAAAGCUCAGACAGUAUCCUGAUGUCGUCAAGUAUCUGACCAGAAACGGGAUAAGCAACAUUACACGUGAUCAUUUUAGCUUCAGUGCUAAAAUAAAGAUUGGUGACUUCUAUGAAGCCAGAGAUGGACCGCAGGGGUUACAGUGGUGUUUACUGAAGGAAGAGGAAGUCGUUCCUCGUAUCUUAGCGAUGGAAGGUCGUCGGGGUCGUCUCAAGAAUCUUGACCCCGCUGGCUCUCCCAGGAAAAGCAGAGCGCCUGACGAGAGUGAAGCUGAUGCUGUCAGCAGCUCUGAGGCCAAACUACUGCGCAGACUGGAGGCCCAGGAAAUCGCGCGGCAGGCGGCUCAGAUGAAGCUGAUGCGUAAGCUGGAGAAGCAGGCGCUGACACGAGCGGCUAAAGAGGCCAGGAGACAGCAAGCAAUCAUGGCAGCUGAAGAGCGGCGGAAACACAAGGAGCAGAUGAAGAUUCUGAAACAGCAGGAGAAGUUCAAGAGAAUCCAGCAGGUCCGUUUGGAGAAGGAACUCCGUGCUCGGCAGAUUUUGGAGGCUAAAAGAAAAAAGAAAGAAGAGGCUGCCAAUGCCAAAAUACUAGAAGCUGAAAAACGAAUUAAGGAGAAGGAGCUGCGCAGACAGCAGGCCAUCAUCCUGAAGCACCAGGAGUUGGAGAGACAUAGACUAGAUAUGGAGCGGGAGAGACGUCGGCAACAUGUGAUGUUGAUGAAGGCAAUAGAGGCCAGGAAGAAAGCUGAGGAGAAAGAGCGACUGAAACAGGAGAAACGAGAUGAGAAACGACUGAACAAGGAGCGCAAACUGGAGCUCAGACGGCUAGAGCUGGAGAUGGUCAAAGAGCUGAACAAACCCAAUGAAGACAUGUGUCUGUCAGACCACAAGUCUCUGCCAGCGCUGUCACGGAUAGCGGGUCUGCUGUUGCCGGGAGGAUGUUUCUCAGACUGUCUUAUGGUCAUGCAGUUCCUGCGCUGUUUUGGAAAGGUCCUGGGGUUUGAUCUCAGCGCUGACGUGCCUUCACUCGGCGUGCUGCAGGCAGGGCUGCUGAAUGUGGGCGACAGCAUGGGCUUCAUACAGGACCUGCUGGUGCGCAUGCUGUCUGCAGCUGUUUGUGACCCAGGACUCCCUGCAGGACACAGGGCAAAGACUGCUCUGGGAGACCAUGUGACUAACAUCGGCCUGAACCGGGACAAUGUGUCCGAGGUGCUGCAGAUCUAUAUGGAAGCCCACUGUGGACAGACUGAACUGGCGCUGCUGGCUGAGAGCUUGAAGACCAAAGCUUUCCAGGCCCACAUGCCAUCUCAGAAAGCCUCGAUACUGGCCUUCCUGGUCAAUGAGCUGUCCUGCAGCAAGAGUGUGGUCAGUGAGAUCGACAAAAACAUUGACAAUAUGACUAACCUGCGACGAGACAAAUGGGUGAUCGAGGGGAACCUACGGAAACUAAGAAGCAUCUAUGCUAAGAGGAUGGGAAAGCGAGAGAGCAGCUUUGGAGGAGAGGAAGGUCAGUCCACCAGUACGCCUGCGAACAGCCGAAAACGCAAGCGCAAAGGAGGGGAGAGUGAUGAAGAUGAUGAGGAAGACGAUGACAGCGAUGAACAGGGAGAGGAGGAGGAGGAUGAAGAUGAUUUUGGUGGGAAGAAAGGGAAAAAAGCAGAGGCAUGUGAAGAUGAGGAUGAAGGUGAUCAAAUCACAAGCACUGAGGAGCUGGAGAGACAGAUUGAGAAGCUCAGCAAGCAACAGACUCAGAUCCGUCGGAAGCUGUUCGAUGCCUCUCAUUCCCUGCGCUCCGUGAUGUUCGGUCAGGACCGUUAUAAACGACGCUACUGGAUUCUGCCGCAGUGUGGCGGGAUCUUUGUGGAGGGACUGGAGAGUGGAGAGGGUCCAGAGGAAUUGCAGAGAGAGCGUGAGAGGAUGAAGAACGCUCACCUCGUCCAGGUCAAAGUGGAGGAACCUGAUGAAAAAUACGGCACCGCUGAGAUGAAACACGAACCUCCGCAGGAUGUAGAUUCUCUCAACCUCUUCCUGCAGAAACCGGACUCGUUCUCCAAGCUAAGCAAGCUGUUGGAAGUGGCUAAGAUGUCUUCUGAGGUCUCUUGUCACCAAUACAGCAGCCCAAAGCAGCAGACUACAUUACCCAGAACCCCUAACCAUGAUGUUAAACCUGAUCUCAAUGAUUCUUGUCUCCUCAACAACACCUACCUCACUAACGCCCAACAGCAGAUCCGUAACGACCAGCUUUAUCAGGUUCUGACAGAGCGAAACGCUCACUGGUUCAGUCUGCUGCCUCGUGCUCCAUGUGACGUCUCGUCUCUGACUGAAGGUCCACGUUCAUCAUCAUCUUCCUCACCACAAACCACAGCGGUCUCUGCCGGCCCCUACAGUGCUGCACGGAUUAAUAACUUUUCAUUAGCAGCACUGCAGAUGAAGUCCAGUGUGCCCAUUAUAGAUCUGCCCUUUUGUGCUUGGUCCAAUGGAAGUUUGAGUCCAAACAUGCCGUUCUCUGGUGUUUCUAUGGCUCAGAUUCUCAGAGGAAUUCACCCAUCCUCAGAGGGCAGUAGACACCUGAACGUCUGUAAGAGCGAUUCUCCAGAGUCUUCAGCAGAGAAACCCGUCUCCACACCCUCACCGGUCAUCGAGGUGCCCAAAAACCAGGAUUACCCAUCACCUCAACCGAUUCCUGAAGAGAUGUUGACUGGCUGGUGGAAAGUGACGGACAUUGAGGAGCUACGAUCCAUAGAGAAAGCGUGCCAUUCCCGUGGGAUCCGAGAGAAACAGCUGCAGAAACAGCUGCAGAAACACAUGGGUUACAUCGGGCAGGUCUGCAGCAGGACCAGAGAUGUGACUGUGAUCGACGUCUCUGAGCUGGAGGAGAAUCAGGUCUCUGAGGACACCAUCCAAAGCUGGUGUGUGGAAGAACAGGCCAUGGACAUGGACAUCGGUGUCCUGCAACAGGUGGAGGAACUGGAACACAAAGUCACCUCAGCCAGUCUGCAGGUUAAGGGCUGGAUGCAUCCAGUGCCGCAGUCACAGAGUGAAGACCUGGUGUAUUAUGAGCACAAACCUCUCGUGCAAAACUGCAAAGACAAAAGCGACAGUGGCAUCGUGCGUCGAGCGAACAACCCUCUGGAUAUAGCAGUGACGCGUCUGGCGGAGCUGGAGAGGAACAUCGAGCGAAGGUACCUGAAGAGCCCUUUAAGCAGCACCAUUCAGAUCAGACUGGAUAACGUGGGAACGGUCUCAGUACCGGCCCCUGCGCCAUCACCUGCUAGAGCUGAUGGUGACGGGGCUGAGGAACUGGCUCCAGGACUGAGACAGUGGCGUAAAGCCCUCGGCGAGGUGCGCAGUGCCAGUCAGCUCUCUCUGUGUCUACAGCAGCUGCACAAGUCCAUCGCCUGGGAGAAGUCCAUCAUGAAAGUGUACUGUCAGAUUUGCUGUAAGGGAGACAACGAGGAGCUGCUGCUGCUGUGUGAUGGAUGUGAUAGAGGCUGCCACACGUACUGCCAUAAACCCAAGAUCACCACCAUACCAGACGGAGACUGGUUCUGCCCGGCCUGCAUAUCCCAGGCGAGCAGUCAGUCCCUGAAGACCAAGAAGGCCUUGAACCGCUCGAGUGGAGGCCUGAAGAAACCUGCUGAGGCCAAGCGGCACAAGAAACUGUCUGUGGCUGGAGACUCGGAGGAGGAUUUGAGCAGCGCCAACAGCACGCCUAGGAAAGUGUCAAAGGACAUGAAAAAGAGGAAGACAGAGGAGGGUCCAUCUGCUAAUCCGGCAAAGCAGGAGAGUCCCGCGUGUGUGAAGAGACCCAAAACAGCCAGAGACCACAGUAAAGACCUGGCCUUGUGCAGAAUACUCUUGGCUGAGCUGGAAAGCCAUCAGGACGCUGGGCCGUUUCUGACACCCGUCAACCCCAAAUCUGUCCCGGGAUACCGCAAGAUCAUCAAGAAGCCCAUGGACUUCUCUACCAUCAGAGACAAGCUCACCAACAGCCAGUACUUGAAUCUUGAGACCUUCAUCAUUGACGUGAACCUGGUGUUCGAUAACUGUGAGAAAUUCAACGAGGAUUAUUCAGACAUCGGCCGAGCGGGACACGCGAUGAGACGGUUUUUCCAGAGGAGAUGGACCGAGCUGUUGAGACCGAACUCGCUGAAACCGGUUCAGAUGAUGGAGAGUCACUGAGACGGCGUCACUUACACACCAUUCACACCACACACUUAAAACAAAUCAAGUACAGGGACACAACUGUGAGAACAUCAGUGCUUUCAAAAAAUAUCUUGUAAAUAUGUUUUUUUUUUUUGUUUUUUUAAAUAAACGUUAAUAUUAUAGUGAAUGUACUGUAUUUAAUUUGUUUUUAAUUAUUUAUGACUAAAAAGGUAUUCACUUUCUAUGGAAAAAGAGGCAAAACUGCUUUAAAAAUCUAAAUGAAUGUGUUUUCUUUGUCAGAUAUGAAAAAAAUAACGUGUUUACAUAAUUCUGAGCUCCUAGAGAACAGAAGAUCCAUUAUGGUUACAUUACAAAGCUGCAUUUAUGUAAAUGUGUAUGUUUUAAAUCACAAAUUCCAAAACCGGCCAUCGUGACAUAUGACUAUUAGUGUUUAAUAUCGGUUCUGAAUAUUGUAUUCUGUGCACACAAGACUCCAGCAUCGUUUAUGCCUUUCUUAAUAGCUGUAUCUUUUAAUGUGUUUUAAUACGGCACUUUCUGAAAACAGCAGUGCCUUCAGAAAUCCACCGUUUCUACAACUUCUCAAACCUCAAUCCAUCUAUUCCGAUGCACAAGCAUUCAUCCAGUGUUUGCUGGAAUCAAUAAAACGAAUGAAAAACCCCUCCAAACCGUAUCUAGAAAUCAGAAUUUUUUUUUUUUUUUUGGACUUGGCAACCGCAUAGCAAACACUCUUGCGUUGUGGCGGCAAAUUUUGCGUGUGCAAAAGUACUGUUGCGAUAAAGAAAUCUAGUUUACAUAAUUAAUGUAAUGAACUGCAGUGAUUUUUAUGGUACUAAAGUCAGAAUACUUGAAUUGUCCUGUGUGAAGAUAUUGCAAUGAAGGUGUAGCGUUCUGUUUUGUAGGAGUUUUAUUUUUCUCUAGUUUGUCGAAUAUUUAAUAAAAUGUUUUCAAGCA